AUGUCGCGGGAUCUCAAAACGAAGCUCGCCGAGCUGUAUUCGGAAAAUGCCGUGGCCAAAAUACUGAGGACCGCCACGGUCUUGCUGGAGAACAAUAGCCAUGGGGCUGAGCUGGCCACCAUCCGGGAUAGUCUGGAAGCGCUGGGUCGGACCUGGUCGGACCCGCUGCACGGUCAGGCGCGGCGACAUGACAUCCACGACCUCGGUUUCAUGAUCCAGCCGCAUAUGCGGGCCCGGUGGGAGCUAUAUCAUGACACUGAGGCGUUUGAGACGGUCAAGGUCGCGGCCGAGAGUCUUUUGGGCGAUUCAACUCUACCAUUGGCGCGGUCCGCUCGUGGGACUACUUCAACUGGCUUGAGGGCAUAG